CUUCAUUUUUUUGGAUUUGGUCGGAAAUUUGUCAGUAAUCCGUCACAAAUGUCCGACGACAUUGAUGUCCGUCAGAACCUCCGUCGGAAUUCGGCUUGUUUUCUUCUAGUGGCGUACUCAUUCAAAGCACAAUACUUUUUUUUACAAAACACAAUCCCUAAAUGCAACUCGAUUGAGAAUUAAGUUUGUGAAACUCGAUUGAGGGUUAAAGAGAGACACGGGACUAUACCUUAGAAAUUACUCUUGGUUAAAAACGAUUUCUCCACCGCAAAUGUUUUCGAUUUUUGAUUCAGAUGUGAAGAUGGAGUUGAACGUGCAAGAGGAAUAUGAUCUGGGGUAGAAGAAGGGUAGAAAUCGAAAUCAAGUAAUGGAGGGGGAUCGAUUCUUCUGUUUUUUUUUUAAAAUAUCAUGUCGACAAAAGCAGUCUCUUAUUAAUGUUUUUCAUUUUUUUUUAAAGGGCAAACUUGUGAAUAAUGAAGUAAAGGUUGGGUUUUUGAUAUAUUUUUUGUUUUAUGUUUUAAUCUAGUCUAGUAAUAAUUAAAUUAUAUAAGUUAGUCUAGUAAUUUGUUCAUUAAUUAGAGUAAUUAAAAGUACUUUCUCUUAAUUUUUUUUGUUACCUGAGGUGUCCAAAUUAUAUUGAUUAAGUUAACCAAUCUUAACUUUUGAUUCUGUAAUGAAAAAAUACUUACAAUUAAUUCUAACCAAAUUUGUUUUUAUUUUAUUUUAUUAGAUUUUGUUUAUAAAUAUAUCACUUAAAUUAAUUUUUUAAGAUAUAGGUAUUUAAGUUUCUAUUUUUAUUUUAAAGUAUUGACACCUUUUUAUCAAUUUUUUGGUGAUAAAUCUAGGGACUAGGGAGUUCACAUCCACUUUAAUAUAUAUAUAUACACGGUAUAUAUAUAUACGGUACAAUGUAUUGUAAACCUCGUCCAAGAACCUGAUGGCAUUGGUGAAUCUUCCAUGGGAGUUGGUUGAAGAGAUCAUCUCUCGGAUUCCACCAGAAUGUCUUGUUAGAUUUAGAGUUGUUUGCAAACAGUGGAAUAAUCUUUUCCAUGAGAAAAGAUUCAUCAAGACCCAAUUGGAUCAUGCAUGUCCACAAUUCGUCUUAUUUGACCAAAACAAGAUAUUUUUAAUAGAUGUCAAUCUUGAUGAUCUAGCAAUACAGAUGCAUCAAAUUUCUGUAGAUAUUCCAUGUGUGUUAUCUAUGACUCCUUUCAGCACCAUUUAUUGCGAUGGGUUGUUGAUUUGUGAUCUUCAUUGUAACGGGACCGCCGUUUGGAACCCGCUGUUGAGACGCGGUCGACAAAUUAUGACCAAAAAUAUUCGAUUUAAGUUAUGUGGGAUAGGAUACGAUAGUAAUAGAUCCGAAAUAAGUUACAAGUUAUUUGGGUAUCAUUAUUAUUACGAACACGAUUAUAAACUUGAAAUAUAUGAGUGUGCAUCUAAUACGUGGAAGUAUAUCAAUGCCCCUUACGAAGAAUGGCCAAUAAAAGAACCGUUAGAUAAUCAUAUAUCACUUGGUGGAAAUUCGUAUUGGACUGCUUAUAACAUCGAGACUAGCGAGUAUCUCAUCCGAAAAUUUGAUUUUUCAAAGGAGAUACUAAAGGACUUUUGUAUUCUACCGUGUAAGAAGAACCAUGAGGGAGAUACUCAUUACCUCUCGGUUUUUAGAGGAAACCGGUUUUCAAUGUUAGAACAAUGCAAUAGAACAAGUGAGAUAGAGAUUUGGGUGACGGAAAAGAAAAUCAAAAAUGGGGAUAAGGAGGAUGUGGUAUGGAUGAAGUUCAUGAGUGUCUCAAUACCUGACAUCCCUAGGUUAACCUUAUCUAACCAGAGUUUAGGACGUUGUCCAAGUUACUUCAUUGAUGAUAGGUAUGAAAAAAGCUUUGUCCUGUGUUUUACGGACGAAACUAGACAUGGUUGCAUUUAUAUCGCCAAGGGAGGUUUGUCAAGAAAGGUUAAAAUAGAUGAUGUGGGUGAUGGUUAUAGUCACUGUAUAUAUGUUCCAAGUUUCAUCCCCAUUCCUCGAGAAAGUUCAAAAUAAAAAGUGGUUAUUUUGGUCAUUUUCAUUUUUGAAGGUUAUUUUUGUGACAAAAGCUUAAAAAUGGCUAUUUAAAAAAAUUGCCGUUUUUUAAAGCACACAUGUAAACAAAAUUAAUCUGUAUUACUUAUUUUCCUAUUUUUAAUUUUUUAAGGUUGAAAUUUACAGCUUAAGUUUGCAUUUUAUAAAUUAAAAAUUCUAUAGCAUAAUUAAGUAAAGUGAAUUCACCUUUGGAUUAACAAAUUAUAAUCUCCCUGAUACGUUCAACAAUAGCUUUAGGGCCUGAUUGGUUCAAACACAGCGGUUGCGGGAUUUUACGGAUAUGGAUGGUUGCGGUUUGUAACAGUUUUAAGAGAUUUGUACGACUGAUUCUUCGGUUAGAAAUUGGUGCGUUUACGGGAUACUUAUGACUGGUUAAC